GCGGGCAUCGGGUCACCAGGCAUCAGGUCAUUUGGCUCGACAGCGGGGCACCGCGUCAUCUGGCAAGGCAGUGGGCUCCGAGUCAACUGGUAUGACCGCUGGCACUGGGUCAGACAUUGGAUCGUCUGGCUGGACAGCGGGCAUCGGGUCACCAGGCAUCAGGUCAUUUGGCUCGACAGCGGGCACCGCGUCAUCUGGCAAGGCAGUGGGCUCCGAGUCAACUGGUAUGACCGCGGGCACUGGGUCAGACAUUGGAUCGUCUGACUGGACAGCGGGCACUGGGUCACCAGGCAUCAGGUCAUUUGGCUCGACAGCGGGCACCGCGUCAUCUGGCAAGGCAGUGGGCUCCGAGUCAACUGGUAUGACCGCGGGCACUGGGUCAGACAUUGGAUCGUCUGACUGGACAGCGGGCAUCGGGUCACCAGGCAUCAGGUCAUUUGGCUCGACAGCGGGCACCGCGUCAUCUGGCAAGGCAGUGGGCUCCGAGUCAACAGGCACGACAGUGAGCACCGGGUCAUCAGGUACCGGAUUGUCUGGCUCGACAGCGGGCAUCGGGUCACCAGGCAUCAGGUCAUUUGGCUCGACAGCGGGCACCGGAUCAGGUACCGGAUCAUCUGGAUCAACAGCGGGCAUCGAGUCAACUGGCCUAAUAGGAUCGUCAGGCUGGAUCAGUUCAUCAUGCUGGGUAGAGGCAUCAGGC